AUGGCCUCUCAGGAUCACAAUCUGGGUGGGGAGUUCCCCGGCAGCGGCGGUGUGGAUUUGCAGGAGACCGUCUCGUCUUCAUCAUCUUCUUCGGAGGGUAGCCAGACGCUUCAGGGCGACAGUCUUGAUGAUGCGCAGGCCUCCAACGAAUCCCCGGGGGUGGCUUCUCCUAUCAGCUCUCCGAUUGAUGGCGGCGAUCUUUCCGCGAUCACAGGCUCCCGCUUCUGGAAAUCUGGAGGUCACUUUGUCCACAAUACCAAUACUAGCCAUGAGCAUCCUAGUCCGCUGGCACCUCGAGACCUGCGUCCGCUGAGACCUCGAAAUGUCUUUGGCCAUGGUCAUGGACCUGCCGCAAACCCUUUCGCCGGCCAUGGGUUCCGUAGCUCGCGAACCUGGGUGUCAGAGGAAGCCCAACACCAUCAGGAGUUUGUCAUCAUUCGCAACGCUAUGCGUCGGCUCUUCAAAAACAGCGAUGUCGCGAAGUGGAAAUUGCAGGAUUAUACUGAUCACAAGGAAGGCAUGCUUGCAUCGAAGAAGGCUCUACUAGCCCGGGCUGUGGAGCAGAAGGAGCUUGAGCGUGCUGUCCAGGUACCUCACUCUGAUCCCAAGAGGGAUGAGUCCAUCACCAAGAUCAUGCCCAAUGCCAAUUUAAGUAUGACCGGCAAUACCUCGCGCGUCCUUGGCAUGAAGACAAUCUGGUGUCUCGACUGGAUGAACGGUAAGGAUGAGAUUUCCCCAUGGCCGUCCCUUGCGGAGAUGAAGUGGGAAGGCGAUGAUCGAGCUAAGACAGCUUGCGGUCGCUUCCUUCCGCUCCCUCGCGAGCCAGGCGCACCGACUAUUCCGUGGGGUCAGCUCCAGGUAAUCGAGCAAUACACACUCGACCAAGUCCAAUGCAUCCCCACCAUGGAGGACGUCUACCUCCCUGUCGACGAGAUCGAAGAGGAAGAUAUUCCAAAGUGCCUGAAUCAGGACCUCCUCGACGCGCUAGAGGAAUCCCUCUAG